AUGCCGUCGAUCCUCACCGACGCGGACAAGGAAACUGUCAGGCGCACAGUUCCAAAGCCCUCAAACAAGAUCCUCGACGUCGCCGUUGCACGGUUAUACGUGGCGUAUCCAAGCCCGCACAAAUGGACCUUCACCGGCUUACAAGGAGCUGCUGUGAUCGCGAAUGAUCUGGUGGGCCACACUUUUUGGAUCAAGCUGGUUGACAUCUCGCCUGCAAAUAGGGGUGUCUUAUGGGACCAAGAACUCUACGACGGGUUCUCAUACAACCAGGAUAGGACCUUUUUCCACACCUUUGAAUUGGAGGAGUGCCUAGCAGGCCUGUCUUUUGCCGAUGAGAAGGAGGCGAAAACAUUCCUCAAGAAAGUGUCGGAGCGGGAGAAACAUGCCAGUAAAGAGACGAAAGCAACCCCGUUCUCUUCGGUCAAAGGGCAAGGCCCAGCGCCCGUAGCAAACGGGAAAGGUCAUCACCGUUUUGGCCUGGGAAGCUUACUAGGACACCGAUCAUCCUCUGCACCCACGCCGCCACCAGAAUCUAUUAUACCGCCCAAACCAGCAGCUCCUGAACUUCCAGCCGCUCCUGUGCGCCAGGAAACCCCACAAGAGAAGACCUCGCCGAUGGAUACGGUUGAUCCGUCUUGGAAGGGUUUGCUAGACGAACUUUUAGCGAUGGGGAUAACCGAAGAGCAAAUUGCAGAGAAUGCCGACUUUAUCAAAUCAUACAUAGAAUCAAAACAAAACGGUGAAGUGCAGCAACCGGUCGAGGCCCCUUCUCAGGAGCCUGCCCGGAAAGUGAAAGCACCACCGCCGCUUCCAACAGCGCCUCCACCGGCUUCUAAAAUGUCAUCAUUAAGCCCGCAAAGCACUGGCGGGACAAGCAGACGUGGAGCGCCUCCGCCUCCUCCCCCCUCCCGGAAACUCCAAGCUGAUAACACUCCCCCAUCUCGAGAGUCUCCGCCAGCAUCUUCAAAGGACGAGCCGUCUCCUGCGCGAUCAAGGUUCAAAGCUCCUCCUCCAAUCGCCGAUGCUGGUAAAUAUGCCCAUAUAAAUCCCCCGGCCCUACCGGCGCGAAAUAGGGCAGGCUCGCAUAAUGCGACUUUGGGACCUCCGCCUCGACCACCUAAAACACAAGAGGAUGGACCAGUCCGACUCCCUCCUCCGCCGCCACAAUUCCCAAGCGAAAGCAGAUCUCCCGCUCCCCCACCUCCUCCAAGCAGAGGCCCAGUUCCACUUCCCCCUCGCCGUAACGUUAGCCCGCUGCAACCGCCGCCCCUGCCGCCAAAAACACCUCAUGCACCUAGCCCUUCACUUGCUCCUCCUCCACCGCCGCCACGGGCAGCUGCUACACCGCCUCCUCCUCCGCGAACAAUCCAACCACGACCACCUUCGACUUUUACAGCACCACCGCCACCUCCGCCCAUCCCACAAAACUCAGGUCCCCCUCCUCCCCCUCCGCCACCACCGGCAAGUGCCGCACCAAUCCCGGUCGCUCCGCCGCCGCCACCCUUACCUCCUAGUUACGGCGCUCCGCCAGCACCUCCACCACCACCCCCUCCUCCCUCAGGUGCUGGCGGCGCUCCGCCUGCACCCCCGCCUCCACCACCGGGCGGUGCGCCCACGCCCAAGGCUGUUCCAGGCAAACAAGAUCUGAUGGCCUCUAUUCGAGCUACGGGCGGAGGCGGCCUUCGAAAGGUUAAGGAUUCAGAGAAACGCGAUCGAAGUGCAGCAAUGGUCCCGGGCGGCUCGACAGAUACCCCCACUACCCCAUCAGCGGGCCCUCCGGCAGGCGGAAUGAUGGGAGCUAUUCAAGAAGCGUUAGCCAAGCGGAAACAGAAAGUCAGUGGCAGUGAUGAUGAAAAGUCCGACGACGAAUGGUGA